AUGGGUACAUUUGUGACCCUGGCAGAAGUGUUGGAGGGCCGGGGUUCCAAACUGGAUGAGGACGAGGUCUGGUGUCUGCUGCUCGCCACCACUGAGGCCUUACUGGCCGUUUCCAAAAAAGGCUCGGGCAACAUGUGCAGCGUGCUGAGCCCCGGCUCGGUGCUGCUGUCAGCCAACGGGAGUCUGGCCUUCAAGAGCUGUGCCCGCUAUGAAGACGUGGCCUCCUUCACAGCUCCUGAGAUCCAGCAGGGGCAGGCUGCCUCCACCAGGACUUCAGCCGAAAAGAUGGUUGUCUAUUCACUGGGGAUGACUCUUUAUUGGUGUGUCGAUUAUCAUCUACCUCAAAACCAGCCGGUCCAGAUGAGUGCGGAGCUGGAGGGACUGCUGCUCAGCAUGUGCGAGGACGUGGUGAUGAGGCGGACCGACCUGCUGACGGUGCUGGAGACCUGCGAGCUCCACCACCGGGUCUCCAUGCUGCCUCCUGCCGAUCGGCUCAUCAGGCAGCUGGUGGAAGACGUCUACAGAAACUCAGUUGAUCAUGUGUCCAUGGCUGAAAACGGAUCCCUGCUAACAGACCGCAGUCAAUUGAUCAGGGACAGAUUGCACAGAGGCGCUUUUAGUAACUCAACGUGGGAGCUGAACAAGAAGAUUUCCAGAACAUUCUCCGGUGCAUCUUAUUCCUACGGGCAAUCAGGGAUUCCCCCCGGAGGUCAACACAGAGAGAAUUACGGCAGCUGGCAACAGCUGAACCGCAGCCCCUGCACUGCCUACGUGGAAGGUAACCGCAAAGCCAUCUCAAGAUCCCUCACACAGUUUGAAUCCACGAUGAGUUUCAACGACAAGAAAGCAAAGGACAUGGGUCCUGAGUUUAUUAGAACAUUGGAGGAGCCGCUGGUUGUCUUAGAGCUGCCUGGAUCCAUUUUGUCAAAAAAAGGGAAAUCUCCCACCACUCAGAGAGAGCUGAGCGUGGUGAUGCCAAACGGCCAGAGCAUCCUGGUCAAGUGUGAGGUGAAGUCCAGUGCAGGGGACGUCUUUGACAUGAUUGUGGCUCACUCCAAUCUGGUGGAACAUUUCUACUUUGCCCUUGCCUAUAUUGACGAUAAUGAGUUUUUCUUUGUCGACAAUGACACCAAGAUUUCCAAAGUUGCUCCAGAAAGCUGGAAGAAAGUGCCUACAACCACCUUUGUCCUUUUUUUGAGGAUCAAAUUUUUUGUCAAUGACAUUUCUCUCUUGCACAAGCAGACCUGCCACCAGUAUUACCUCCAGCUCAGGAGGGACCUUUUGGAGGACCAGCUGUCCUGCCACGAGGAGACAGCUCUGUACCUGGGAGCCCUGGCCCUGCAGUCGGAGUGCGGAGACUGCAUGCCGGAGGUAUACGGAAAAAACUACUACCGCCCUAACCAGUACGUCUCCAAGAGCGUCAUGGAGAAACGCGCCUUGCCUCUCAUUCAGGCGGAGCUGCUACGCCUCCACGCCAACAACGCUCAGAUGCUCACCGACGAAUCAGAGCUUGAGUUCCUUAAGGUAUGUCAACAGUUGCCUGAAUACGGCGUUUUGUUCCACCGUGUGGUUCGUGAAAAAAAGCCUUCAGAAGGAGAGAUCAUGCUGGGCGUUUGUGCCAAAGGGGUCAUCGUCUUCGAGGUUAAAGAUGGCUGCCGAUCCACCAAUCAGACUUUUUACUGGAGGGAGGCAGCGACCAUCUCCUCUAAUAGGCGUAAAUUUGUGGUAGAGAGCCGCGUCAGCAAAAAGAAGCACAUUUUUAUCACAGAGAGUUCGAAAAUAGCCCAAUAUCUGUGCAACCUCUGUUCCGCCCAACAUAAGUUCAACAAUGAGAUGAUCUCCCGGCAGCUCAGCCGCAACCUGGUCUCAGAGGACAACACCGUGCAGUACGGCGCAGGGUGUCGCCCUCGCAGCAGCCAGUACAAGUCCUUCUCCUGCUCCGAGACGCCUCAGGACGACAGCGGACUGACCACGCCUCAGGACGGGUCGCUGAACAAGCUGUGUGACGAUGUCACGGCCCGGAUCGAGGCGCGACUUAAACAGCAGCUGCUCAAUGAGCAGAGUCAGCGCGGCAGCACCGGGAUGCUUUCCCCUGCCCGAUCCCAGAGGAGCGGAUUUGAGGCCCGUUCCGGCUCCCCGGCAUUCAAAGAAACCCCGAUGACACAAAGGUCAUCGUCAGAGAGAGAAGUCCUAUGUGUUAGCCUAAAGAAAGACCCACAUCUUGGCCUGGGUGUAGUGAUUGUGGGAGAGGACACCGUGGGCCACUAUGACCUGGGCAUCUUUGUUGCUUCCAUUGUGCCUGGUGGACCUGCCGAUAAGGAUGGACGCAUCCGACCAGGUGGUCGUCUGAUCUCUCUGAACCACAUCAGCCUGGAGGGCGUCACCUUUAGCAAGGCAGCAGAGGUCAUGCAGAACAGCCCCGAGGAAGUGCAGCUCAUAAUCUCGCAGCCGAAAGUGGGCCUCAGUCCCAACAAUGUGCGCUCUCCUGUGAUGCGUCGUUACGAGUCUCAGAGCACAGUAAUGACGGACGUCCGAUCAGCGCACAACAGCUUAGAGGAGAUUGUUUCGGCCAUGAUGACGCCAAAGACAGCCAACCGGCUCAAUGUCCCCCGAGAAGUACGAGAACUCGGUGCACAGGACAGCUGCUCUCUGUCGGUCCCUCUGAACUGUGUGGAGCCUGAGGAGAUCUCCGUGCAGAUCAGCAAGAUCUCAGGAAGUUUGGGCAUCAGCAUCUCUGGCGGUGUCAACACUAACUUUCCUAAUGGAGGAAUCUUCAUAAGAAGCCUCAUUCCGGGAGGGGCUGCUGAGCGAGACGGACGAGUACGUUCAGGGGACAGACUGUUGGAGGUGGACGGGAUUAGCGUCCAGUGCUUCACCUACCGGCAGGCUGUGGAGUGUCUCAGGAAAACUGGGGAGCUGGUAACCUUGGUUGUGGAGCGAAUGGCGACACACCCGCUCAGGGUCUCUUUUGGCUCAGAAACCAUUAGAAGUGUAUCCAAUCACAGCAUCAACCCGGCUGCCAGCCCGGAGAGGAUCAACAGCUGCUCCACCGUCAGUGCUGCUCCACCCGUGAUCUCUGACCGGCCCAAGGACUACGUCUUCGUCACUGACGAAAACACCCAGGAAGUGACGCUGGUUAAGAGCGACAACAGCCUGGGCUUUAGCUUCCUAAUGUGCGAGCUUGAUCCGCCGACUCGAGACUUUGGCAGCCUGGUCCGGAUAAAGGAGCUUUUCCCAGGCCAGCCAGCCGUGCAGAGCGGCAGGAUCCAGGAGGGAGACGUCCUGCUGGCGAUCAACGGCCAGUCCCUCAAGGAGCUGUCCUAUUCGAAGGUGCUAAAGCUGUUCAAGACUGCCCCGGCGGAGGUCCGACUGACUCUUUGUCGGCCUGCUCCCGGGAUCCUUCCCUCCAUUGAUCAGUUCACUGACACAUGAGUGGUGUCACAAUGUCGUACUGACUGCACCAGCAUCAAGGGAUGUUCAGAAGCUUCGUGUUCAAACAGGAAGUGGUGAUGGAGGCUGAGGGAAGGCUGAGCGAUAUGUGUCGUUGAGCCACUGCUUAAUGAUGGACUCCGACCUUGCUGAAAGGCAUGCUGCAGAAACAGAGCGGACAGCUUGGAGGCUAAAUGCCAAUGGAGUUGCGGAAGCAAUGGUUAAAUAAAGAUGAACUCCAGAGGGAAGCCAACUGAAACAAAUCGAUAAAGAGUUGUUAUUUAACAGGAUUGCACUGAGGAUUCCGUCAAAAAUGACAGCACAGCAGUCAAGAGGCAGAGGCGCAUGGUAUCUAGUGAUAUGUUUUAAUAAACCAACGUGACAAAACCAAAACAGACAACCCAGUCCAUCUCCAGUGCGUUUGCCAAACUAAAUUAAACUCAUUAAAUCAGGCCGCUAUCCAACUUACUGGGAUUUCCUUCUCCCCCCCCCGUGGCGCUCUAAGGGAGCACCCACACUGCU